AUGGACCCCGAUACGCCCGUUGCCCCCGAACCAGCCCCCUCCCCGUUCAACUACAUACUCUCCUUCAUCCUCGUCGGCAUCGCCUGGGGCUUCACGACGCCCUUCAUCCGGCGCGCCGCGGUCGAGUUUAAUAAACGACAAGAAGAGACCAAUCGAUUGUCUGCUGCUGCCACCAGCGGCAACGAAGAAGAUGCUGAUGGUGAAGAUGAAGACCAUGAUAAUGUUCCGGCGCAGUCGCAGCGGGGCAGAUUCGAUAUCAAGAAGAAAAUAAGCAGCCUGUUUUGGACAGUGGUUAAUCUGCUCCGGACGCCGGGGUAUGCGAUUCCGUUGGUGGUGAAUUUGACGGGGUCUGUGUGGUUUUUCUUGCUUGUUGGGAAGCAUGAACUCUCCUUGACGGUCCCCAUAUCGAAUUCAAUGGCCUUCUUAUUCACGGUUUUGGGAGAGUGGUAUGUGGAAAGAAAAGUCAUUGCGAGGGAGACGUGGUUGGGUAUGUUUUUGGUCCUGGGUGGUAUAGCGCUGUGCGUGCAAUCGAAGACUACUGUUUGA